GAGAUGGUUUUAUGGGAGGUCCCGCUCAUGGCGUAUCUUUGUGAGAUGUAUUUUUGGUAUGCGGAUCAGAAUUGGGAUUAUACUGAUCGAGAAGCCACGCAUAAAGUUACAUCCCUUUUAGAUGUGCGAUGUAUGUUCAGUGAAUUCGGGACGUGGCGCAGGCGGUUGUUUGUCACGCAGGAUUUGGUGGUGAGAGGGAUUGUUGAGGCGAGGAAUGCGCAUGGGUGGAAGGAGGGGUUUUUUGAACUAUUCCAUCAGUGA